GUGUGUGCCAUUUUCAUCAAUUAUUACACAUUCUUCUUCUUCUCCCUCUCAUUCUUCCACACUGUGAAACCAAGAUGAAGGUAUCAUUUGCUGCUAUGCUGCUUCUGUGCCUUCUCCUAAGCUUCUCCUUCUUCGAACUCUCAUCUGCCGGUUCUGGUUUCUGCUACCCAAAGUGCGCGAAGAGGUGCGCAAAGGCAGGGAUGAAGGACAGGUGCAUGAAGUUCUGCGGAAUCUGCUGCAGCAAGUGUAAGUGUGUGCCCUCUGGGACUUAUGGCCACAAACAUGAGUGCCCUUGUUACAGGGACCUUAAGAACUCCAAGGGCAAGGGAAAGUGCCCUUAAUUUAUGUAUUUACCAUGCAUCAACCUUCAAACCUUUUACCUCGUGCAUGUAACUCCAUCUUAUGAGAUAUGAGUACACCUCGGACCCUGCUUUUCUCGGUUGAUUAGGUUUUGGUUCUUUGUGUGUUUGUGUAAUAUAUACAGACAGAGUUGUAUGGGAGUGUGUGCAUGAUGAGAGUCUGAAUAAAAGGGUCGGUCCACUUUGUCCUAAGUCAGUUUUGUCUGUCUCAAUAAAAAUGAAUUAUUGUUAUU